CAAAAGCUAAGAAUUUGUUGAAAAAAAUUGACGAUAUCAAAUUGUUUCUGUUUCUAAAUCGUUCCAAAACUGUUAAUUUAAAUUUGAUUCCAUCGGUUCAGUAAAUUUCGAUUAUGUUCAUAAACGAUUUACCUAAUGAUUGUCUCUGGAUGAUCUUCGACAGCUUCUUUAAUGUAGAAGAGUUAAUCAAAUUGUCUAAAGAUUUUCCCGAGUUAAAUAUCUACUUAACGGUGAGUAAAUUUCCAUCUACGUGUAAUUGUUAUUUUGGUUUGAUCAAUUUUUCCAAUUCCAUGGACCUGAAGAAAACACUAUCGAUCAUAUUGAUUAUACCAAGUUAUGGAUAAGAGAUCCAGAGACGAUCGGUAACCAUAAUUUACGAGAAUUGUUACCAAACCUCAGGGUAAAUAAAAAAUUUCAGUUGUCUAUUCGAUAUUUGUUCGUUUUUUUUUGUAUCGAUUAGAUUCUCGACAUCUCUGCUGAUUUUUAUGGACGUGGAGAAAAACUUGAAGAUUUCAGUAAAUUGAUUAACAAUAAUACGAAAAUAAAAGGAUUGAUUGGACUGGAUUUUGUUAAUUAUCAUAAUCUCAACUUGGAAAAUAUCGAGAUGUUUGCAAUGGAUAUGUUCAAUUAUACAAAAGUCUUUCGACCUAGUCAAUUGAAACAAAUUCAUUUUUCUGAAUUCUAUAUGCAAUAUCUUUUUUGAAAUAAUUGAAUACUUUCCAAAUUUAAAGCGACUCAACAUCUCAAUGUUUGAUGGUGAGGAAAUUCGUUACAAUGGUCCGGAAAUGUCCAAUCUCAAGAUCCUUGAAUCUUAUACAUUCGAAGGGCAUGAUAAUUGUAGUGCUUUUCAUUUGAUGGACUUUUGUCCAUCUUUGGAAAGCGCUUUCAUGAAAAAUUUUCCAGAGGAUGAUUUUAUUGAUCUGUCCUUGAAGAACUACAAUCUCAGAGAUUUGGUUAUCGAAAUGCCAACUCAAGAAGAUAUGAAUUGGUCAUUCUUGCGAGAUCUACUGUCCAAAUAUCCAAAUCUACAUAACCUUGCGAUCAGAAUGAGCGAUGAGAUUGAGGAUUGUCAUGUUGAAGAAUUGGUGGAGAUUUUGCCAGAAGUAAAAUUGUUGGACUUCAGAAAAUGUGAGAAUAUCACUCAAAGAUCAGCUGAUUUCUUGGCUAAAUAUUGUGCUAAAUCCAAACGAUCAAUUAAAAUCUAUUACGAUUGUGAAAAGGAACCAAUUGACUGGCCUAAAUACGACACUCCUCGAGAAUCAAUUGUCCACGGACUCGAUUUCAUGAAACAUUGUUUUUAUAAGAGUUUUUCCAAUCUUCCAUUUCUAAUUGAUGAAUAAAAUCGCCUAAAUUUUAUUGUAUCAAAAAAUAUUCUUCCAUGAAUAUUGAAUAUUGUCUCGAACAUUUCAAUCGAAUAAAUUAUCAUUAAAACUAUA